GACAGCGACAUGGAAAUCGCGCCGAAGCUUCGCUGUUCCGCCGUUCUUCUACUUGUUUUCUCGUGUUUUAUCUCCAUGCACUCCUGUGUAUCAGAGAAGGUUCUGCUUGUACCUCCCCCAAGAGGCAAAAGCCACUGGACGGCUCUGGCCAAAGUUGGCUGCGCUUUGUUGGAUAAAGGUCAUAUCGUCACUGUGGUUGUUUCAGAGGACAUUGUGGAAAAACGAAGAACGGAGUGGCCUGACUUACAGUUCGAGGCAUUCCAAGACCAGGGAACCGAAGCAAGGCUCAAAGCACAGGACGACGUUCUUUCUGUGGCUAGGGAACUUUCUCCCUAUGAGCAACGUGAAAUACUCGUCGCUUCGUUCGGAGAGUUUAGAAACUACUGCGCCAUUCUUCUGGGUGACAGUGGCUUGCUUGUCCGCCUAAGGGCAUCCCAGUACAGUGUUGUUAUUUCUGACCCCCUCUUUCCUUGCGGCGCUAUCCUCUCAGCUCACUUCCGGGUUCCCCACAUCGCCCUUAUGCGUGUGGAUCCUUACUGUCUUGACGAACAAUCUACCGGUGUGCCUCUUCCUCCGUCAUACGUGCCUUCUUUGUUUACCGACUUUACCGAUGAUAUGAGCUUUACACAGCGACUUCAGAACGUCUUACUGUACACUUUCUUACCUGUGCUAUCACGCUGGGACGCAAGUAGCCUCUAUGACGAACUGGCCAGUAAGUAUGUCGGCGAGAAAGAAACUCUUCAGAGUGUGGCAUCACGCACAGACUUGUGGCUCUAUCGAAAAGAUUAUCUGCUAGAUUAUCCUCGUCCCAACAUGCCCAACAUGGUUCAAGUUGGGGGACUGAAUGUACCUGUGGCCGCCCCACUGACUAAGGUGAGUUGAAUAUUCAGGUUUAGUUUACAAGCUCGUUUAGUCCAAUAUGCAAGAAAGCAUCGCUCCUAUCUUUACUUCCGGAUCGGAGGUAUUGUUUUCAGUCGCGUUAAUUGAAUGUGUGUGUGUGUGUGUGUA